UGAAUUAUUUAUUUUUUUUGUGUUUUUGGCUGCAGAGUAGCGUUUGCAGUGUUUUAUCUUAUUUAAAUUUGACCAAACUCAGUGCUUAUGAAUUCUUGUUACUUAUAAAAAACAUUAAGAAAAUGUCGAUGCGCCCGGAUGAUCAUCGCAGAAAAUGGGAUAAAGUUGAAUAUCAACGUAAAGCCCAGGAACGCUUGCUUAGUCAAGCUAAGUUAAAUGAUAAAAAACAUGAAAAACAUGAUGUAGAACCAAUUGAACGGGAAAAUCUGAAAAGACGUGAAUACAAGGUUGACUUGGAGAGUAAAUUAGGAAAAAGUGUAGUAAUAAAUAAAAACACACCGGGCUCACAAACAGGAGGUUAUUAUUGCAAUGCUUGCGAUUGCGUGGUUAAAGAUUCCAUUAAUUUUUUGGAUCACAUUAAUGGCAAAAAGCAUCAACGAAACUUGGGAAUGAAUAUGCAAAUUGAGCGUAGCACGGUCGAUCAAGUAAAGGAACGUUUCCAAGCCAAUAAAAAGAAAUUAGAAGAAAAACAGAAAGAUUACGAACUUGAAAGACGUUUGCGUGAAGCCAAAGAAGAAGAAGAACGUUACAAAGAGCACCGCAAAGAAAGGCGGAAGGAACGUAAACGUAAAGCGGACGAAGAUUUGGAUGGCACCGCUAUAACGGAUGACAUGGUUGAUAUGGCUGCUAUAAUGGGAUUUUCAGGUUUUGGUGGUUCGAAAAAAAAUUUAUAAGCCAUCAAAAAGAAUUUUUACCACUAAGCUUUUGUAUUUAUUAAACUACGUGA